AAUAAUAAAAAAAAAACUCAAAUAAAACCUAAAUGCCAAGAAAAAAAAACAUAUCGUGUUCUUCUCUCUACCAGACGGCUCGAUAUAUUCUGCCGCAUCUGCCCGUCGCCGGCUACUGCGACACCUUCGGGCCCGGCGCAAAGUUCGUCCGCCCGCCUCCGCCUUCGAGCUCCAGUUCCGCUCGUCGACGGCCUCGAACACUACAAUCGCAGCUGCCAACUUAGAUUUGUGAGGUUAGAAGAAGAUGGCAUUUUGGUGCAGAAUUGGGAAAUCAAAGCUCAAACAAUUCUCGAAUCAGUUCAAGAGCUUUCCUCACGCUUCUUUGCUAAACCCCACCAUUUCACAUACCAAAUCAUGUCUCACACCUAAUUCCUAUUCGAUCACCAUUCAUAAUACACCUACCGAGUUUUGCACUAACGUCAGAUUUUUCGCUGCCCCUGUUCAGUUUCAAGCUAAGCCGAGUAAGGAAGAUAGUAAAGCGAGCGGACCUCGAAUAAACGAGAAAAUUACAGCUCAAGUUAUCAGGCUUGUAAUGGACAAUGAACAUACAGUUGUUUCAAGGGAUGAAGCUCUGGAACGUGCAAGGAAACUCAACCUUGAUUUAGUUGAGGUCCAAGGGACUGCUAGUCCACCUGUGUGUAAAAUAAUGGACUUCCAUAAGGAGAAAUAUGUGAAGCAAGUAAGAGUAAAGGACCGCAUUAAAAGCAAGGGUGAGGUGGCUUUAAAAACAGCAAGUGCUAAAGAAGUUAGGUUUUCUGGGAAAAUUGAACAAAAGGACCUUCAGAUGAAAGCAGAUACUGUUAAGAGAUUAAUGGAGUCUGGUUAUCGAGUGAAGUGUCAUGCAAAGGGUACUGGAGAUCAGGAUGUAUUGGGAAUAUUGUCUCGUCUCUCUGCCUUGAUUGAAGAUGUCACUGUUGUUGAGAGUGGACCACUAAUGGGGAAAGACGGUGCAUAUGUUAUAGUAAGGCAUGUUAAAUUCGGUCUACCAAAGAAGGGCACUGCAAAAAAAAUGACAUCUCUAGUAGAGGCAAGCUCUGGGGUUCAAAAGGAUAGCUUGACUUCAACACCUGAUUCACCUGGGGUUAUGGAUGAUGUAAAUGAUGUAAAUUCCGACUUAGAUAGCAAUGAAGAGAGCUUUUCAGAUGAUGACCAAGAUAGAUCCUCUAAUUCAGAUUUUCAUGGUUCAGACAAACGACAUUCUUUUCAUGAUUCUAAAAAAUCACCAGAGACAUCUCGUAUCACUGAAAAUAGGUACAAAAAGGGCGGCGCAAACAAUCAAUUUUCAAAUCAAGGCAUGCAAUCACCAAGAGACACAAGGUUCUCACAGCAAACGAGGGAAAGCGAGGAAGCAUCAACCAAUGGUCCUGGAUUUAGAAGCCAUAGGCCUCCGCUGAAUGAUGCAACCAAACGAGAACCAUUUAGUCCUAGACCUGGCUAUGGCAAUUUUAGUGGUUCGAAACCUACUGCUCCAGGAAACCAUGGCAUGGAAGCAAAAGUUGGUGAGAAUAUGGAGGGGAAUCGUUACUCUGUGAGGAGUCCAGCACCAAGAGGCAGCCUUGGCUCGAAUCAGAACUUACCCAAUUCCAGACCUGAAGGAAGGCAGCCCCACAUUGACACAAGCAGACAGGGGGGAUGGGGGAGGUUCAGUUCAGAGGGUGUUAAAACCAAAUAGGAUGCCCAAGUAAAGUUAGAUGGAUUUUACAUUGUAUUUUAUAACCCCCAUUAUUUAUGCUGAUAUGCUAUAAAGGGUAUUUGUCCAAUCCCCAUCAAUCUGAGAUGUCUCGGAGAUAGUUUUGUUAUCCAUAAGAGAAUUUUGAUAUCUCAUCCACCAGUGAUUUUAUUUAUUUAUUAACAUAUUAAGUGGGUUCUGCCAAAUUAAGGACCGACAUUAUGGUGAAUAAUACAAGUUUUAGUUCAUUUACAGUUAAUAAAAAAAAUUAUGUUUCAUGUUA